CUAGGUCAUAGGCUCCCACACGUUUCUGGAGUUACCCGGAUAGACAUGGAUGUAUAUAAAGAACCGGUUCAAACAACAGUCGAUACUGUCUGGGUAGACAGAGGGUAGUUUUUUAUUUUUUUUAGGCUGCGGCAUCAGGUUCUUGGUAAAUUUCAAAUAUGGCUGGUGGUAAAGCUGGUAAAGAUUCCGGAAAGACCAAGACCAAAGCUAUUUCGCGCUCUCAGAGAGCAGGACUGCAGUUCCCGGUGGGUCGUAUCCACAGACAUCUCAAGUCCAGAACAACUAGUCACGGCAGGGUGGGAGCCACCGCAGCGGUGUACAGCGCGGCUAUUCUUGAAUACCUCACUGCCGAGGUUCUGGAAUUGGCAGGAAAUGCAUCAAAAGAUCUUAAAGUGAAGCGUAUAACCCCACGUCACUUGCAGCUGGCCAUUAGAGGAGAUGAAGAGCUGGAUUCACUUAUCAAGGCCACUAUUGCUGGUGGAGGUGUGAUCCCGCACAUCCACAAAUCUCUGAUUGGAAAGAAGGGCCAGCAGAAGACUGUAUAACCUGAAGUGCUCUGGAAGUUGUCAUCUCAGGAUGAAGUCUGCAGCAAGGGGUUCUACAUCUUAGAUUAGAAAUCUUAGAUUAGUUAUCUGAUGGUUGAGUGUGCACCCCCCCCCCCCCUUUUUUUUUUGUUUUUUUUUUUUGUGUGUGGCUUCAGAGAAGCUAAUCCUUUGUCGUUUCUUCCUCUGCUGCUGCAGUUUCAGUUGCGCUCACAUGUUCAAAGUGGUGUUUUCAUAAAGCUGUUACUGGGCAUUUGCAGAUUGUUCUUUGAGUUUUGCCUGUGGUUUGUUUGCUGCUUGUUUUGUCUUGACCAGGCAUUAGUUUGCUCCUCAAGUGUGGAUGUAUACAUGUUUGACCUUUUUGUGAAAUUUCUUUUUUUAAUUUUUAAUCUUCACAGCUUUGAAAGAACCUCACACCCACCCAAACUUUGUCAAUACAAAGCAAAGGACAUGUGUAGCUUUUGUGAAGAAUCAAGGUGUGCUUUAUAUGUAUCUUUUAAUGCAGAUCAUCCAUUUCAGUCUUGUAUAGCUCCAUGCAUUGCAAAGCAUGUUAACACUGUUUAACACUGGACUGUCAUGUGGGUAUUUUUGGAUUCCUGAAUAAAGACUGAUUUGGCACAGUCAGGACAUUA